CUAUAUCCGGUGUCCGCCUGCCCUCCGCUCCGCCGCCUCCGCCACCACUAAAGCCGCUGCAGCCGCGAUGCUGUCCCGGUCCCGCUUCCUGUCCCGGGCGUUCAGCCGCUCGCUCUCCGCCUUCCAGAAGGGGAACUGCCCUCUAGGGAGACGUUCCCUGCCUGGGAUCUCCUUAUGUCAGGGACCAGGUUACCCUGACAGCAGGAAGAUUGUCAUUAACAACGGUAGUGUCUUCAGUGUUCGCUUUUUCAGAACUACAGCUGUGUGCAAGGAUGAUGUGAUUACAGUCAAAACCCCAGCAUUUGCAGAAUCUGUCACAGAAGGGGAUGUCAGGUGGGAGAAAGCUGUUGGAGACACAGUUGCAGAAGAUGAAGUGGUUUGUGAGAUUGAAACUGACAAGACAUCUGUGCAGGUUCCAUCACCAGCAAAUGGCAUGAUUGAAGCUCUUUUGGUACCUGAUGGGGGAAAAGUAGAAGGAGGCACUCCUCUUUUCACACUCAGGAAAACUGGCGCUGCUCCUGCUAAGGCCAAGCCAGCCGAAGCUCCUGCUGCUGCAGCCCCAAAAGCAGAACCUGCCGCGUCGGCAGUUUCUCCUCCCCCUGCAGCAUCUAUACCCACUCAGAUGCCACCAGCGCCCUCGCCCUCACAGCCUCUCACUAGCAAACCAGUGUCUGCCGUAAAACCCACUGCUGCCCCUCCAGUAGCUGAGCCAGGAGCUGGCACAGGUCUGCGUUCAGAACAUCGGGAGAAAAUGAAUAGGAUGCGGCAGCGCAUUGCUCAGCGUCUGAAGGAGGCUCAGAAUACCUGCGCAAUGCUUACCACUUUCAAUGAGAUUGACAUGAGUAACAUCCAGGAGAUGAGGGCUCGGCACAAAGAUGCUUUUCUGAAGAAACAUAACCUCAAACUAGGCUUCAUGUCGGCAUUCGUGAAGGCCUCAGCCUUUGCCUUGCAGGAGCAGCCUGUUGUAAAUGCAGUGAUUGACGAUACAACCAAAGAGGUGGUGUAUAGGGAUUAUAUUGACAUCAGCGUUGCAGUGGCCACGCCUCGGGGUCUGGUGGUUCCCGUCAUCAGGAAUGUGGAAACUAUGAAUUUUGCCGAUAUUGAGCGAACCAUCAGUGAACUGGGAGAGAAGGCCCGGAAGAAUGAACUUGCCAUUGAAGAUAUGGAUGGUGGUACUUUCACCAUCAGCAACGGAGGCGUUUUUGGCUCGCUCUUUGGAACGCCCAUCAUCAACCCCCCUCAGUCUGCCAUCCUGGGCAUGCAUGCCAUCUUUGAUAGGCCCGUGGCCGUGGGAGGCAAGAUGGAGGUGCGGCCCAUGAUGUAUGUGGCCCUGACGUAUGAUCACCGGCUGAUCGAUGGCAGAGAGGCCGUGACUUUCCUCCGCAAAAUCAAGGCAGCAGUAGAGGAUCCCAGAGUCCUCCUAUUGGACCUGUAGGAGGAAGCCAUGCGCCCUACACAUCAACCAUGCAGGAACUGAAAACCAGUCUUCUCCCUGUCCCCUCACGGGCCCCGGGUUAGCCUGGUGACAGACAGGCAUAUGCUGUCGUUCUCAAGCAAGGAAACCAGGGCACUAUGUAACCAGCAGUCACAGGUCUCUUGGUGUUCUGCCAGGCUCUCUCCCUCUCUGCGCCGUUCUCUUACACUCGAAUAUCUGAUUUCCUUAGGCUUGAGGGAGAGAGAGAG